UAACGUACCGCAAUUUUUUUGAAUAAACACAUGGACGGUUGGUAGUGUGAUUUUAAAAUGGAUAUUUACACAGAGUGAUGAUGUGAAUGUGUAAUAUAUUUCUAAAUGUAAAGAGAGAUUUUAUGAAUAAAUGGGACAGUGACAUCCUGCUGUAUUAAAUGAGUCUGAUCCGCUCCACUUGUAUGCUGUUGCGAUCAGUCUCGAGCUGUAUACAUCGAACGAACCAUAAGAACUCGUGUUUUCCGUCUACAUUACGUCUUUACACUGGGGAUACUUCAAAGACAACGAUAGAGCAGUCCAAAGCUCAACUUAGUAAAUUCAGUGGUGAAGAGAAGCAUUUUAAAAGAAGAUUGCUUUCAGUUCAUCAGAGGUUUGCUGAUGUACCAGAGAAUGUAACGUUCCAGGGACAAAAUCACAUAUACCUUGAAGAUGGCCAGAGCAUCAACAGAGCAGCCCUGGCACAUGAUGAACAGGAGAUGGUGGAGGUGUUCUGUGCUGACUGGGGAGGAGAUGGAUAUAAAACUAUCCAGAGGAUCAGACUGUCUCCCUCAGAGAACAAGCUGGCAGCCACUGUGAAGAAAGACCAUCAUGAGGAGACCCGAUUUGUGUUGGUUCAUCUAGAAGGAAUCAGCCUUCCACAGAAAGCCCUGUUGGUUUUAGACAAUGUCCUCAGCUUUGAAUGGGCCACAGAUGAUGUCCUGUUCUACAGCACACAGGAGACUCUUCAGAGCCUGCAGGUUUUCCGUCUUCAUCUCAGGGAUAAUGCUGUCCAAACCGACCUUGUUUACGAAGAAAAAGAUCCAGAGUUUUUUGUGGAAGUCAGUCGUUCCAGAGACCAGAGACUGGUCACAAUUAACUGUAACAGUAAGAACAGUUCAGAAGUUUGGUUUAUUGACAGCAGAGCUCCAUUCUCAUGUCCCACCCUCAUCCAAUCCCGUCAACCUGGUCUGAUGUACCAUGUGGAGCACUCGGAAGACCAUCUGUUUAUUCUUGCCAACACUGGACAAGGCCAGGAGUAUCAGCUAUUAAUGACACAUUUGGCUUUUCCGUCCAUACCACACUGGAUGCCAAUGUUCACACCUGUUCCAGGAACAGUCAUUAAAGAUAUGGAGCUGCUUCAGGAUCACUCUGUGUUUACACUGAAGGAUUCACAAUGCAGGCUUCAGAUUCAGAUUCUUACCUCAAAAGAGCCCUAUGAGUUGAAAACAUUGCAGUUUCCCCACUGGGCUUGUGAUCUAUCACCAGAGCGUGUAGGGAGCGAGAAGGGAAGGUCAUUUGGUUUCCUCCUCUCCUCCCCAGUGCACUCACCAGUACGCCACCUCUGUUCCCCGAGAACAGGACAACUAUCUGUAACGGAGGAAGACACCCAGUAUAACUCUCUUCCAGAAUGUCACACAACACGCCUGCAGGCGGCCAGUCAGGAUGGAACAAUGGUGCCGUUGACUCUCUUUCACAUGCCAGCAUUACUUCAGCUGAGUAAAUCUCCAUUGCUUUUGCAUGUAUAUGGAGCAUAUGGGAUGGAUCUCAACAUGGCCUUCAGUCCUGAGAAGAGACUGCUGCUGGAGGAUGGCUGGGCUCUGACGUACUGCCACGUCAGGGGCGGUGGUGAACGUGGUCUAGCGUGGCAUAGGUCAGGUUCUUUGCUGCAGAAACAGAGAGGAGUGGAAGAUCUUGCUUCCUGCAUUCAGACUCUUCACCACUUGGGUGUGUCUCAGCCUGUGCUGACCGCCCUCACGGCUCGCAGUGCUGGAGCUGUCCUAGCGGGGGCGCUGUGCAACCAAAACCCUCAGCUUCUCCGAGCUGUUAUUCUACAGGCGCCUUUUCUAGAUGUACUGGGCACUAUGCAAGACCCAUUCCUUCCACUUACUAUAGAAGAGAGGGGGGAGUGGGGAGACCCCCUUGUGAGCUCCGAACACAGGGACAACAUUGCUUCCUACUGCCCUUGUCACAACAUUAAACCUCAGUUUUACCCGUCCAUACUGAUCACCGCAUACUCGGAAGACCGUAGAGUACCUUUAUCGGGGGUGCUGAACUAUGUGGAAAGAUUGAAGAAAGCAAUCCAGAUGUAUAAUGAUAGAGACUGUGCUAACACACAUGUCCCAGCUGUCAUUCUGGACGUCCGGCCAGGUGCCGAUCACUUUGGACCUGAGGAUUUUCACCUGUCCUUGAAUGAGAAUGCCCGACAGUUGGCUUUUCUGUACACAGAACUUGGACUAGACCACAGAAAAACUCAACAGAGACAAAAGAGAAGGACAAAUAAACACCAAGUCCCAUAAACUCCAAAAGUCUUUGUGUGUAUGAAAAAAACAAACAUUGAUUUUGUUAUAGACACUUGUUUAUUUAAUAGAAUAAAAUGAAACAUACAAGAAACUAAUAAAAACUAAUGUCUUCUACUAGAAGCCUCA